AAAUAAUAUAAAUAAAUAUAAAAUAAAAUUUGAAGUCUUUUGGCUUUUUUUUUCUUCUUCUUUUAUUUUUAUUAUUAAUAUUUUAAAAAUGGCAACGCAAAUAAAUACUUUAUAUAAUGAAACAGAAAUGGAUUUAACAGCUUGGCCGUCGAGUUAUUAUGGAAAGACUCGUCGUAUCGAUCUUGCUAAAUUCUAUCAAGAUAUUUUGAAAGCAAGUAAUAUAAAAGAGAAGAAAGCAAUAAAGAAGGUCAGAUUCUCUACAGAUCCUCCUACUGUUUAUGAAUAUGAGGCAGAAUAUGAUAAUAUGAAUGCAACAACGAAAAGUGUGUUUUUUGAUGAUGGUUGGCCAGGAAGAGCAAGAAAAGCGAUGAAUACAACUGGGUUCAUUGACUUCAAAACUAAAAUAGAAGCUAAACUAGGAGCUAUCAAUGAUCCUUCACUUAUUUCAGAAUUAGAAAAGAAUCAUAAUGAUAAUACUCUAUUUCGUGGCUAUUAUCGUCAUAGGAAAAGCCCACUUGUUCAAAAGCUUAAUCUGCGUCCAAUCCCUAAUACCAAUAAUACUAUGUUAGACACUCCUUUAUCUUGUAUGGAAGAAUCACCCAUAACACCUGAAGAUAGUCAAGAGAUACCCAAUUUAUCGUUUAUUAAUGAAAAUAAUAUCACUCAGUCAUCUUCUUUAUCGUUUACUACUUCAAGUAAUAAUCCUAAAUGGCUGAAGUCAAUCCCAAAGAUUAAGAAUGGCUGUAACUCUUCUUUGAAAUCAAAGAAAUCUAUAUCCUCUUAAAUUUUAUUCAUUUUGUAAAUAUGUCUUUUUUUUUUUUUU